AUGAAGUACAAGAGCUUCUUCAAGCUGGCACCCACAGAGGGACUGGAAGUCGACCGGAUCGACUAUCCAGACACUGCACUCAUUAUGUGGGACACCCGGCAGCACUUUGAAGACAUGGUGCGACCCCAUCAACUGGAUAUUCGCUGCAUCAUUUUCGUGGUGGACAGUGCAGAUCCAGGUCGUCUUCGAGUGGCCAACCGCUCACUCGAUCGCUUGCUGCGGGAUUUGCCCAACGCAAAUAUUCUUCUCGUCUUCGCGACAAAGCAGGACAGACCGGGGGCACUAUCUGUAGCGGAAAUACAGCAUCAAUUGAAGCUGCAUCAGCUUGUUGACAAGGAGUGCGGCGUCUUCGCCUGCAGUGCCAAGACGGGCGAAGGCAUAGAGGAAGGCAUUUCGUGGCUCAUCAGGCAACUGAAGCAACAAGACGGAAACAUCCUGCCCGCCGUCCGGAGCUGUCCUCCAUUUAGGCAAUGCGGCGAAGGUCUCUCGUGUCGUUAG